UCAUCACCGAUCGAUGAUGCCAACGCUUAGGCUAUGUUUAUAUUCACGUUUGUAUGGAUAGCUUUAAUUAUCUCCACUGGAAAAGCUCGCCGUAGCGUUGACGGACUUAAUUUGGACAUUAGCAGUUGGAGCCCGUUUCUGUUCAAAGAACCAGAUGAAUUUCCAAAUUACGAUAUAACACGUUGGGUGCGACGAUUACAUCUGCAACAGUGUGCCAUCGUAGAAAUCGGCGAAGGAUUUUGUGCUUUGUUCGUCGAAUUACGUAGCAUACCUUCGGAAUCAAAGGUUCUGGACAACUCUGGAGUUGGAGAAUUCUUCCUGGGUAUCUGUCCCUGUUUCACGCUCCACACCUGGAACUUGUGCUCAUUUGAGCUGACCAGCCAAAGGAAAGGGGACUGUACUUUCAACGAGGCUACUCCACACUCAAACACCAGUGCAAGAGUUCACCGGCGAUUUUGCGACGUGACAUUACUUGUCGAAAAUGCAACAAACUGUAACUGCUCUAUAACGAUAGCUGGCCAAGCGUUAUAUAAGACAAAAGGAUUUCCUACGUGCUUUUUGAAUCCGUUGCCGGAAUCUCUGUGCUCGCCGCGCAACGUUUGCGGCAUUGCUAGAUGUUCCGGUACCACGAUCAAAGGAAUACAUACUCCUCAAUGCGCCACUAAUUGCCAUCAGAGACAGCCAUUCUGCGAAGAAAUCGGACCAUGGACUUCAAUUCCGACGGAAAUUAACUCCCUAUGGUCGCGCUGGUCUUCUCCGAAGUGCAACAACACGUGCGGCAAUGGUUUCAUGGUAGCCGUAGCAUCGUGCCAAGAUCAACGGAAAACCAGCCAUAGAUUGUAUCGGUCCAGGAUCAUUUUGGUGAGCCACAAGUUAUUCAAGGGAGUCCCCUUGAAUAGUUUGACCAUGACGAAAGGUGUGAACUUUUCCAGUUGCCCGGAUAGCAUCGGUAAAUGUUACUGCGAGGUAAACAUCGUCGAUGGAAUAAUGAGAGCGGCCAGGUUCACAGAACCUUGCAUUUCUACCGAAGGGUGUACCAUAAGCGACGUUGGAACGUUCACUUUCGAAGGAGAACACGAUCCUGGUAGCAGCAUCGACUUCGAAGAAGCUUAUGAAAACGAUGAUCGUGAAAGGUUUGAAGAUACGAUUUACUACUCAGAAUCGGUACGAGCAGGAAAGCGUCAUCUCCUGCAAGCUUACAGUCACCGUUCCAUGCUGGAAUACGAGUCACGCGAAAAUAGACCAUCAAACGAAAACUUGAAGAACGAGCGUGGAUAUCGUUCCCUUCUCAGAAGCCGAUUGAACGGUGAUGCCGGCUACGACGCCCAAGUGCAAGAGGAGGAUAACGAAGAGGACGAGGAGAAAGACGAGGACAACACCGACUACGACGAGAAGGCUGACGACGAGGAAGAGGACGAAGAAGAAGGAGACGAGACGAUCGGCUUCAGAGGCUCCGCGAAGGGUCGUCGGAGCCCGAGGAAACAUAUUCGCGAGGCGAAGUCCGAUUACGGGACGGUUGGCCACGAGGGUAGGCCAGAGGUCGACGAACUCGAGAAAGCGCCAAUGGAGAUCAGAUCCGUUACGGAGGAGUGUGACGAUGAUACCACGGAACCGCUGCAGUAUUACGAUUACGAUGCUGGAGGGAAUGCAGUAUUAAAUAUACGAGCUGCGUUUGCCUUGAAACUGGUAACAGUGAACAUUUUACUCUGGUUCUCUUGGUAUUAAUGGAAAAACGUAAUGUAGAUGAAAGAUAGCUAUUUCCCUGGCCUUGAAAGAAGUAUAAUGAUCUGGACAGAAGUUUCUUGAUACGCUGGAAACUGCAUAAAUGAAGAUACAUUUCAAUUCAUUGGAAUUAUGAAACACAACGUAUUUCUAAUAAAUACAAUUACAAAACUAACGCGUAAUUGCGAUAAAUAUUUAUGUUACUCAGAGACAAUGACAAUAGAUUUAUGUAAUUUUUAAACAAUGUGAAUCAAUGAAAAUACAAGAAAGGAAAGAACUGUUA